UACAUUAAGUGGCAGUGCAAUGCGUUUUUUGUUGGAUGUAUUUUUGUUCUCCCAUGAGAUUAAAACGACAGCAGGCAUUAGUCAGUUACCGUUUCAAACAAUACUGCUCGUGUGUCUUGUCGUUUAUGGGCAUGAAACAUGCAGCGAAUCUUUGCAGAUGUUGGGGGCCGGUAUAUAAAGCUGAUGGACGGGUGGAGAGGACACUUAGGUAUUACUAUACCUUCGAUACUGACGUCAUCGUGUUUGACAGGAAUACGUCAUUAUGGCACCGAGUAACAAAGAAACCGCUAAAGGAGAAUGCGGUCCCGGGGACGACCCGAUGCCAUUCUUGGAACCAACCGAGAAGGAGAAGCUUUCGUACGCCGCUCAGAACUAUGACGGUAAGAAAAGCGUCUGGGUUCCUCACAAGAAGGAAGGAUUCGUAAAAGGCGAACUGGUGGAUUCCAGUGGGGAAA